AUGACCGAUAAUCUACUGAAAAAUGGGUUUUUGUAUAUUUUAUUGACCAGUACUGUGUUUUCAGACGCUGCUUCUGUAUUUCGUACGCCAGCUGCCCCACCAGCAAAGGAAGUUCGAGUUGAUAAAAAAUCUAUCAGCGCUUCUGAGAGUGAUUCUGAAGAAGAGGUCGAUGACGAGGAUGACAACGACGAAGACUACAACUACGAGCGUGACAUCAAAGCCAAGCCAUCGACUAGUUCCAGUUCCAAGAAGCGAUCUGAGAGAAGAACAAAAAGUACAAACACAGCGGUGGCUCAGAUUUUGGCUGAUGUGGAGGUUCAUGAAGAUGCCCCAGAGCUGGUUGAAGUUCCAGAGCAGGUUGUGGCUCCAGAGCAGGUUGGGGCUCCAGAGCAGGUAGCUGUGGCUCCAGAACAGCCUGCGGCUCUAGAGGAAGUAGCAGAGCAGGGACCCACGCCUGCUCCAUCGUUAGCUCGAACUCAACGUUCAAAGAGAAUAUCCGCUGGCCACGCAGGAGAAGCUAGAGAACCAAAACAACGCAGAUCCGAGCGUCUCAAAAAUACUACAUCGAGCCUCUUCUCCCGGUUGACUCUUCAAGCAGCGCAAGACGAAGAAAUGUUGGACAUCAUUCUGGACAAUCAGGAUUUCAUAAUGGGCGAUGAUGACUGUGAAGAUGAAGAGGAUGAGAUGGAGGAGGAAGACGACGAGGGAGAGUUUGUGGAGGAUGAAGAAGCUGAGGAGGUGCGAGCAGUGGCUCCAGCUGAUGUAGUGGCUCCAGCAGCAGCAGCGGUAGAACCAACAGCGACCCCGAAAGAAGAACAAAAAAUUGAGACAGUCGAGGAGCAGUCCCUGCCCGACUAUGAAGAUGUGAUGCUUGAAGAUCGAAAGGAAACUAAAAAGGCUACCGAUCCAUUCUUGAAUUUCAACGACAUCUUGGUCAACGAAGAAGAUAUAGUCUCCACCGAGCAGGCAGCUAAGCCAGUUCCAAAAACUGUUGCUCGGCGAUCGAAAAAGAAAGCCGUUGCAAAGCCACGAAAAGAUAACCGAGGCCGUCCAAGGAAAGUGGUGACAGAAAAACCAACUCAAUAUGUUCCACCAGCGGAGCCUACAGCUCCUCCAGGCCCUCCAACUGCACGUCAGAUAGCUUCUCGCACCAAAGCUCUACCUGUCGCAAUUCAAUCUCCUGAUUUCAUAAAUCCAGGUCCAGCACCAAGAGUAAGACAAAAUGUUGCAAGAAUGGAGUAUUCUAAAAGAGUUCCUGACAACGUUGUGAAGUCGCUCUUCGAGCAAAUCUUGACACCCGCUGAGGCCAAAAACGUUGAGAUCAUGGAUCACUUCCCGUCGCCAGUCGUUCGCCGUGGUAUAUACAAUCGUGGAACACUGUGCUACGCUAUCUCGACCUAUCAGCUGCUCAUGCGAGUUCCACAACUCUACUCCAUCGUUCGAAGUCAUUUGAAACAGCACCGAAGAUUGUAUGAUGUGUUGAUAGUUGAGGGAAAUGAGGGCGAGAAGCUUAUCAAGUCAAUUGCCAAUGCCAAAGAAUGCUUCACUUGUCAGUUGGCUGUUGCCAUCUCGGGGAGACCAAACGCUCGGGAUCGUCCAUUCGAUACUAUUGUUCCUGGACUCGACGCUAAACAACAGCAAUGUGUCAUGGAAACCAUGCAAGUGUUCUUCAAGACCCUCGACAUUGAGUACAUGAUGGACCACCCGGAUUUCCAGUGUCACGAAUACUUCCGUAGUUCUCCAGUCAGAAAAUUCUUCGAGAUUGACUACGUUUUGAAUUGUGAGCUUCGAGAGUAUCAUAUUGAAAUGCAAUCCAAUUAUUUUCUUUCAGAUGAAUGCACAAUGUGUGGCUACAAGAAAGCUAACGAUGACAAGUCGGUAUACGUCUCGGUCAAUCUGACAAAACGUACAAAACUAUCAAUGCAGAAUCUCGCAGAUAGUUUGUACAAACCAUCAAAAGUCACUGGAUUGAAAUGUGACAAUUGUGAAAGCACCCUGCUCACCGUCUACUACAGCUUCAAAUCGUUGCCGGAUGUACUACUGUACUUUGUUCCACGCAUCAAGGAGUACGGUGGUGUCAAGGAUACGACUGCAGUGAUUCUGAACAACGAGUUAUACAUGAGAGAUGCUAACCAAAUGCACAAAUAUGUUCUGUGCUCUUAUAUUAUGCACGGUGGAUGCGGAUUUGGGGAUGGUGGUCACUACAAAAUCUUUGAAAUCGACCAUUCAUCUUAUAAUGUUAACAAUGAGUUCAAUGAUUCGCAGGUUUUCAUUGACCAAAAUCCAACCCAUGACUUCCAUCUUGUGCUUGCGAUGUUCAGAAAACCGGAUGCUGUCGCAAAGGACGCCCCAACUGAUAUCAUUUUUGAUGGUCGUGGAAAUAUAGUGUAUUGCGAUGAGAAGCAUUGCACAUCUUUGUAA